AUGGCUUCCACGUCAACAAAGGCAGCCGUCACGAAAUCGAUUCUGAAACCGGCAACGACUUUGAAGGGUCACGUAAAGAGGGUUCAAUCCAUAUCUUAUUUUCCGGACGGCCAGCGAAUGAUCAGCGGAUCUUGGGACAAGACCGCUCGGCGAUGGGAUCUGAAGGCGGGUAAGGAGAUUAAGGAAGUACGGAGUGUUUGCGAGGGGGAGAUAUGUGCAGUGGCGGUAUCAAGGGAUAGUCGAUGGGUUAUCACUGCCAGUGGAAAUGUCGAUCGUUCAACUUCGGAGCUAAAAGUCUAUGAUGUUGAGACAGGGAUCGUGAAAACAUUAACAUUCGAAGGUCGCUUAGCGGGGAUCAGUUGCAUUGAUAUCUCUGCAAACAGUACAUGGCUGGCGAGCGGGUCAGAAGAUUGGGCAGCGCGGAUAUGGAGCUUGGACACCGGCAAACUGGUGGCUGGUCCAUUCAAGAGUGUUGAUUAUGUGGGCGCUGUUGGAUUCUCGACGGAUUCAAAGAAGCUCGCUAUAAAGUCAGAUACGGGAAUGUGCCUUGAGGUCUGGGAUAUCCAAACACAGAAAUCGGAUAGAGUAGGGAAAUAUGGCGGUGGACCACCAUUCACAUAUACACCAGUAUUCUGGACAAACAAAGACAAAAACAUCAUAGCCGCAUUCAGCUUCACAGAAGACAACCCCACAACAAUAUACGAGUUCAACGCGUCGACGCUAAAGACUGUCGGAACUCCAUUCGAAGGGCACACCCAACUUAUCACAGGUCUAGCACUUUCAUUUGACGGCACUCUCCUUGCCAGUGCUGCUGAAGACAACACCAUCAAGCUCUGGGCUUACCAGUCCCGCCAACUCCUCGCUUCCUUCGACGUUCAGGAUCCCCUUACCCUUGUCCUCUCACCCGACUCGCGCCAAUUAGCUUACACAACAUACACUCACAGUGACUCCUACAAGAUCUAUAUAUGUAACACUCCAUCCGACGUCCUUGCUUUGGCCGGGACCAGGGCACGAACCCUCAAUGAUAUCCUAAAUUCUGAUGCAGCUCGUCGUCAUCCUGCCAUGCGCCGCAGACCAUCAAUACCUGUCAUACCUGUGGUGCAGGAAUCUCCGCCCACAAUAGACCCACAGCAACCCAUUUUCCUUCGCCUCCGCAAACUUCUUCCCUUCUCUUCUCGCAUGAACGCGAUUCCUCCUGUUCGGAAUAAUUCCCAGUCUCGCGGUCCUCUAGAUUUUCCUGCUACGUUACCCUUACCGUCCAAUCGCCUUCAUGCAGAAAGCCCUCCAUCAACUCCCUUCAAGGGGAAGCAAAAGGCACGCGAACGGAAACGAAAACCUGCAAAAGUCGUCGACGUUCCUCUCGGACAAGCUACCUAUGGCGACGCUGUUGGUGUGGACGACGGAAAUCGGCCGUUUGUUCUCUUAUUCUGCCUGAGCUGGUUCCAGAAAAAGGAGAAGAAGCAGGUUCCACGGCCAGUAUAUGAUGACGAUCCUGAGGACGACGAAGAAGAGGAGCAGGAAGACAUUCUCAAUCGAGUCGCUGUGUCUCCUCCCAGGGUCCAGUACGAAGAAAUUGAAAUGAAAGUAAUGGCUAGCCAGUCACAGCCAGAGGCUGGACCAUCUCGCCUUACAGUAAUUGAUGAACACAUAGAGGGACAGUCUUCGUAA